UAGUUCCUGCUGUGUGUGGGUGGGAUUUCACUCACGUUGCUGCGGAUACUUGAGUCGAGCAGCAACAGUGAGGAAAGUAGUAGCACAUGAUUUUCCUGUCUUCUCUGACUGUCAUGGAGUCGCUGAGGAAAACCCACUGUCCUCGACCAGUGUUGUGCUUUGUGUUUGUGUUGUGUGUUCAGCUACAGUUGUGUUUGACUGGAGACUGCCCUGCAGACGGACGCACCUGGGUGCCGUAUGGAGACAGAUGUUACCACUUUGUCCAUGGAGAAGAAGAUAAAGUCAAAAUCUACUCUUUUGACAGAGCAAAAACUCUCUGCCAAGGAUUUGAGCUUUUGACAAUCCAGAGCGCCGAGGAGAAUGACUUUGUCAUUAAAUAUAGCCCUGAGGUGUGGAAAGGCCUCGUCAACGUGUGGCUAGGAAUGUAUUACGACACAAACAGUGAGGACAUGCAGUGGUUUGGUGACAGCCCGGUGCAGUUCACUAAUUGGGAGGACAGCUCUUCUCCAUCAGACCUGGUGCCCAUGGAUACAUGUGUGGCUCUGAAUAGCAAGACGGGAAAGUGGGAAAACGUCAGCUGCCUGGAUGAUUUGGAGAAUGGAGUGAUUUGUGAGACAAAUCAAAAGGCAGAGGAAGCCAAACAAAAACCCAGCCCGCUGCUGUCCGCACUGGUCAUUCUCAGCGUGCUAGCUAUCGUGGGAGUCUCUGCAGUGAUUUGGUUCCUGCAUCAGAAGCACAGCCUGGGCUCCACUAUUGUGACGGCGUUCGAGUACCACCCUCCGUUCCGAGUCCUGGACACGGACCAGUCGUGCCUGGUGGAGGCGGAGGAGACUGACAGCGUGCCGUAGGAGAACUUUCUCGCUCUGCCAUUAAAAGCAAGCAGCAGGCCCCCCUUUUACUGGGCGGGUCUGUGUUCAUGCUAAGAUAGGUCCAAUAGGAAACAGAUAUAGAAGUAGCUGAUUCAGAAUAAUCUAGUGUAAUUGUAAGUUAAGUGACGCCAUGCUUACUAAAAUACUAGCUAAUUUCUGCUGUUUUUGUUAGCUGCACUAACGAGGAAUCCUCUGUAUAUUUUAACAAUGUGUGCAUCUUCAUCUGUAGCCUGGGUUACAUGCAAUCUGUGAUUGGAUUAGCAUUAGGUUUUUCAAAUCUUCAAGAAGUCUUCAGCCCCUACACUAAUAUCUUGGAUAACUUUAAUUAUCAUAUCUCUGUUGCAUACUAAAGUUAUACACUAGAGAACAUAAAAAGAGGCAGGAACUAAAUGAAGAGUCGAGUUUUCAUAUGAAAAACAGACAUUCUCUGUUACUCAGCUACUUUAGCGAUUUUAUUAAACUAUGCCUAUAAGCUUGGGAGACUAACAAGAGGGGAAUUGAAUAUGAAUGGUCAGUGAAUACUGCAAAGGCUGUGACGUACUUUGUUGUAUAAUCCCUAAUAUUUAUCAAACAAUGCUGAAUUCUGCAUUUUACAUGAUGCAAUCAUUCCCACAUGUCUAUUAGACCUAAUGGUGUUCAUUUCACAGACUUAAGGUCCUUCUAGCACAAUCUAUAUCUUCUAUAAAUAGAAACUAUACAACCACGAUGAGUUAAGUGACCUUUUGUGUACAAUUAUUGCACUGUCCCUUUAAGCAGUAUUCAAAGAAGCAGGGAUUCAUAAUGGCACUAGUGUUGUAAUCAAAACCACACUAAACGAGACCAAGACUGACCCAAGACCAGAGUGCUCCAAGACAAGACCAAGACAUUUAGGGACUGAGACAAGACCAAGACCAAGACCAAGACCAAGACCAUAGAUAACAAUGAAAAUGAACUGUGUCGGUUUUGUGUGCAGCAGGCAUGUCACUCACUUGCAGAUGUAACCAGGGGGAAAAAUGAGAAUUAUGAAUGAAUUAUUUGUCGUUUAGAAAGGGGCAUUUUCCCUCUAAUCACAGUAAUGGUGUGGAAAAAUUGCAGGUCAGUGUUGGUCUUGAUUUAAAUUCCGGAGUCCGCGCAGUCUGAGACCGAGACAAGACCGAGUAAAAAAUGCUAUAGAUUCAGAGACGAGUACGAGACCUUCAAUAAGUGGUCUCAAUACCGGUCUUGACACCGAUUUUAAGUACUACAACACAAAAUCACACAAUUAAAAAGCUUUAUCAAAACAGAAGCCUAGUUACAGUAUGAAGGAUUACUGUAUCUACUCAAUAGACAGACAUCCUGACUGAUUUCCCGGAUUCUGUCUUAGGUUCCAGUUUUAUGUGUCCAUGAUGUGAGAAUAACCAAAUAAAACAUUAAAGCCAGAUUUUAGCCAACAUGAAAAAAUACUACAGUAACAGUCAAUCUGCCCUUAUUUACUGUGUAAAAGUUAUUAUGUGCAUUUUGUCUUUAUGUUAUAAGUUUCCUUUGAAAUCCAGUCCUGGCAUUAUUAGUGAUUUUUUUUUCCAGAGAGUUGUCAUGAUUUAGGUGUUAAUAAAUCCUCCUGUGAUAUAAAAGACAAUCAAGAAUUGGCUGUGAUAGGAAUGUUAGAGUAUGAUAGGUUUUUACAUAAUGUAGAUACCCACCUGAAUACUGUUAAGCAUGUUAAACAGCAUGAAUGCUUUUGUGCAAUAUAUCUAAGAUUAGUUUUGCAGGAUCUGAGCCCUGGUGUUUUCAUAAUAAAGACUGUAUGAAGAGCC